AUGUUUCAACCAAAGUCACUACAACUUAUAGUUGUUUUGACCCUUUUCUUAUCAUUGCCUUAUUUUAAUUUUGAAGCUUAUGGAGAUGCAUUAGAGAAUCCUAAUUGUGAUCCACCAUGUCAACAAUACUCUCCACCACCAAUUUCUGGUUAUCCUUCAUAUGGAGCUCCACCACCACCACCUUCUGGCUACUCUAUAUAUACUGCUCCACCGCCUCCGCCGCCGCCACAUCAUGAGAAAGGACAGAGUAAGUGUCCUCCAGCUGGUGGUGGUGUUGAGUGUUGUACACCUCCUGCUCCUAUUACUUAUGGACCACCUAAUCCUAACACUUUUGGACCUCCUAAUCCUUACACUUAUGUGCCUUAUGGUGAAGGUGGACGUUCAACUAAUUAUGUGGUUAUGCAAUUUGUAGUACCUAUUUUUAUGUUCUGUUAUUGUUUUAUUCUCUUCUGA